AUGGCUUUACAACUUCACCCAGAUAAAUGUAGAGCUCCACAUGCAACAGAGGCUUUCAAAGGCAAGCAAUUUUGUCCUGUCAGCACGUACGUCGCUUUGGGUAAUGCUUAUGCCGUUUUAUCCAACGAAGAAAAGCGAAAACAAUAUGACUUGUACGGUGCCGAUGGAGGUAAUGGAAGUAACGUUAGUAGUAGCAGCAGAGGACAUAGAGGAGACUUCUUUGAGUACGAUUAUGCACAUGGAUUUGACGCCGAGUUUACCCCUGAGGAGAUCUUCAAUAUGUUCUUUGGCGGUGGCUUUCCGUCAGAAUCAGUGCGAAGAAGAGGUCAUACUUACCAUCAUACUGCCCAUCAUAGCACUCGAAACCAGAACGAGCUACGAACGGGCAGUCCAAGCGAUGGCGUUAUUCAGAGUCCAUAUACUCCGCUUUUACAACUGUUGCCACUUAUUGCCAUACUUGUCCUCGGUCUCAUAGCACAGCUUAUGGUCGGCGAUCCCGCAUAUUCCUUGCAUCAUUCAAGGUGGGUUUUGAAAGAUGUUUGCCUUUCUUGUUACAUGAUGCUAGGACUGCACCAUUAUUGUUGCUUUUUGUCUUGUCCUUUUCAUCAUUUACGAAAUUGUGUCUAAAA